AUGAACAGCGGGGACGUCGACGAGAUCUCGGGGGACGGAUCGACUUCCCCAGAUGUCGCCGCGGGCUCGCGCUUGGAACGAUUCGCCGCGGACGCGCGCGUUGUCUUCGACGCGCACGUGCUCUCGCGGCUCGACGGCGGCGACCUCGCGAUGCUCGCGCUGGUGAGCCGGAGUUUGCGCGACGUCGUGUUCGAUUCGCCCGUCGGCGACGUGAAGGACCUCGCGGCGGUGAGGAGGGAGCUCGGGAGGAUGCCGAACUUCGUCGGGUCGGUCGGCAGGCUGGCGUGGGCGAAGGAUCAGCGAGGGUUUCCGUGGGACUCGAGAACGUUCACGUGCAUCACGAGGGGUGGGAACGUGGAGGUCGCGAGGUGGGCGAAGGAACGAGGAUGCCCGUGGAACGAGCAGACUUGCCGCGAUGCCGCGAAAAGCGGCCACUUGAAGAUGCUGCAGUGGGCGCGCGCGAACGGCGCUCCGUGGGAAGGGUCAUUCAUGUGGACGAGGGAGGGGAGGGGCAUUUGCGCCGAUGCCGCGUAUGGGGGCCACCUGGAUAUGCUGCAGUGGGCGCGCGCGACCGGCGCUAAGUGGGACGAGAAGACUUGCGCCUACGCCGCGCAAAACGGUCAACUAGAGGUGCUGCAGUGGGCGCGCGCGAGCGACCCUCCCUGUCCGUGGGACGUGUCGGUUUGCGUCAAUGCCGCGAAACACGGUCACCUGCACGUGCUGCAGUGGGCGCGAGCGAACGACGCUCCAUGGGACGGGGAGACUUGCGCCGAAGCCGCGCUUGGCGGCCACCUGGAGAUGCUUCAGUGGGCGCGCGCGAACGGCGCCCCGUGGAACGUGUGGACUUGCCGCAAAGCCGCGGAGGGCGGCCACCUGGAGGUGCUGAAAUGGGCGCGCACGAACGGCUGCCCGUGGGACGAGGAGACUUGCGAGGAAGCCGCGUUUGGCGGCCACCUGGAGGUGCUGCAGUGGGCGCGCGCGAAACGCUGCCCGUGGAACCACUACACUUGCCAACAUGCUGAGACACGCGGUCACUGGGAGGACAAGAGCGAGAUUUGCGCCAAAGUCGCGAAAGGCGGCCACCUGGAGGUGCUUCAGUGGGCGCGCACGAACGGAUGUCAGUGGAACGAGGAUACUUGCACCUAUGCCGCGGAGGGCGGCCACCUAGAGGUGCUGCAGUGGGCGCGCGCGAACGGCGCUCCGUGGGACGAGUUCACUUGCCGCAAUGCCGCGGCUGGCGGCCACCUGGAGGUGUUGCAGUGGGCGCGCGCGAGCGACCCUCCCUGUCCGUGGGACGAGUGGACUUGCACCUUGGCCGCGGAAUUCGGUCACCUGGAGGUGCUGCGGUGGGCGCGCGCGAGCGACCCUCCCUGUCCGUGGGACAAGGGUACUUGCAUGUGGGCCAAGGACUGGGACGUUCUGGAGUGGGCGCGGGCGAACGGCGCUCCGGAGGAGGUCGGCGACGAGGCUUGCGCCUUAGCCGCGGGAGACGGUGACCUGGAGGUGUUGCAGUGGGCUCGCGCGAACGACGCUCAUUGGGACGAGUGGACUUGCGCCAAUGCCGCGGAAUUCGGUCACCUGAAGGUGCUGCAGUGGGCGCGCGCGAACGGCUGCCCGUGGGACGAGAAGACUUGCGCCUACGCCGCGGAAGGCGGCCACCUGGAGGUGCUGCAGUGGGCGCGCGCAAACGGCUGCCCGUGGGACGAGGAGACUUGCGCCUACGCCGCGUUCCGCGGCCAACUGGAGGUGUUGCAGUGGGCGCGCGCGAACGGCGCUCCGUGGGACGAGGAUACUUGCGCCCUCGCCGCGCAAUACGGCCACCUGGAGGUGUUGCAGUGGGCGCGCGCGAACGGCGCUCCGUGGGACGAGAGGACUUGCCGCGAUGCCGCAGAAGGCGGCCACCUGGACGUGCUCCAGUGGGCGCGCGCGAACGGCGCUCCAGAGUAA